GAACGCUGUGCGUACGGACGGGUUUUUAAAAUGGAAUUGUUCGGCUUUUUGGUCAUUUUUCUGGGACUCCUUCUAACCGAAUCCUUGGGAGCUGUUCACGAUGAGCUGCCUCAGUGCGGAUUGCAUGGCGUUUACAGACAACGUCAGAGCUUAAUCGAAUCCCCCAAUUAUCCGGAUAAUUAUCCCGUCAACACCUGCUGGGAUUAUGUGGUGCGAUCUCCUUACCGUUGCCCCACCAAGUUCCACGUUCAGUUCCUUGAUUUUCAACUGGAACUCUCGGAGAAUUGCAGUCGGGACUAUUUGGCAAUUGGUUUACAGAAUGAUGGCGAUGACAUGGAGGUCUUAUGCGGCCAAGUCCUGGGGAUAAAAAAGUAUCACACACCCGAUGGCAUUUUGCGUCUAAGGUUCUUGAGUGACGAUUCUCCGUGGACCACGAAUGGGGGUUUCCGUCUUCUUGUCACGAGAUUGGCUUGCGAGAGAGAGGAUCUGGUAGCCAGAGGUCUGCUAGAUGACGACGAGGAGGAUGUGGACGGGGAUACGGUGCAAGUGAGUGCCAAGUCACCGCCAAAGAAAUUGCACCAGCACUUGCAACACCUACAUCCCCAGCAGCAGCAACAUCAGCCACAGCAACCUCUGCAGGAAGCAUCCUUGAAUUUUACGCAAGCCAAUCGAUUUGGUUUACCUUCAGCCUUCCCACAAAGUCCAGUUUAUCCUGCUGGUUUUUAUCCUCCACUUAAUGGAGUCUUACCUGUGCAACAAUCACCACCAUGUAAUAACCAGCAACAGCAGCAGCAACUCUUCGAGCAACAGAGAAUCCUGCAGCAGCAGCAAUUGUUGCAGCAACAGUUCCUGCAACAACAGCCCCAGUUGCUACUCCCACACCAACAGCAACAACAGCAGCAAUUGCUCCAGCAGCAACAACAAUCACCGUUCCUUUUGCCACAGCAACCUCAACAGAUCCUGCAACAGCAACAAGAGUUGCCCCUUAUUUCCGAUCAAUAUAAAACGAGUUCCUUUCAACCUCACCCAGUCACCCUCAAGGAUUACGACUCACAGUCCCUCCAGCAGUUUGGUGGCCAGCUGGAUCUCUGCUGCGCCAGUGGCUUCAACCAAAACCACUUUUAUCUCUCGAGUCCUGGCUUUCCAAGGACUGUGUUGAACUAUUUGCUGCCCAAUCAGCAAAGGGACUGUGUCUUCUACAUUGAGAAGAGUUCGCCAAAUGUGUGUCGCUUAAGGAUUCAGUUCAAGUUCUUCGAUUUUGGACAAAAUUCAGGAGGCUUGAAUGGAGGAUUUUCUGGUGGUUUCAAUGGAGGAUUGGGAGGAGGCUUCGCUGGAGGAGUUUCCGGAGGCCUAAGCAACUGCAAUGGUGACUUUAUAGAACUAGAUGGUCAGCGGUACUGUGGCUGCCGUUCCGGUUAUGUCCACAAAUCUCACUGGCAGCAGGGAAGGAAAGCAAUUCGGAUGCGAAUCGGACAGUCGAGUAGCACAACCUCCAAUGGGUUCCUCUUGGAGAUCUUCCAGGAUCAGGACUCCGAUGGCUGUCGUCAGGACGCCAUCCCCGGAUUCGGCCUGGGCUUGCAGCAACAACAGCAGCAGCAGCCCCAAAGAGGUUUCGGAGUGUGGCCCCAAGUGGGCCUGCCACCGCAAGUGGGUCUCCCGCAGACUCCUCAAAUCUGGCCUGUACAAACCGGCUAUCCUGGCUAUCUGGGCGGUGGUUAUCCUGUUCCGUUCAGUGCCACACCCUAUCGCCAGGCGCGGAGGAUUUCAUAUGCUCGUGGCAUCGAUGCCCAGCAGCCUUCCCGAGUGGUGGAGACGAACUCAACUCGAAAGGAGUUCUAUUACUUUGAUGGCGAUGAGGCCUUUGCCCGUUCCGCCUUAGAUGAUGAGGAUGAGGACAAGACUCCGGUGGCUGCACCCAAGCCUCAGGAUGCCCAGCCCCAAUCCCAGUUGGUAACCAAAGCCUUCGAGCAGAGUAGCUGCAGUUUUGAUUACAUGGAGGUCCUUAAGCUGUCCGUGGACACUCUGUGGCUGACGAAACCCUUGUGCUUUUCGCCACUGAGAAGUUGGUUUCCCAAUAUUUUUGGUUAACUAAAAAAUAAAGAU